GUUACCUCACUCGAACUUCAGCCGGUGGUUUGUUUUGCUGGGUGACUGAGCGGAGGACGAACUUCAGCGAUAUUCCUUCAGUUAAGAGAAUUCAGGCAACAUUAAUCUGAUAUUUUAACGCUGUAAAUAAGUUAAAAUGCUCAUGUUAUUUUUCUCAGAGUCAGAGAAAGCAUUCAGAUCCUUAAAUUAGAGAACUGUGUUCAAUAAGAGCUGGUUAAAGUGGUAAACCUGUAAAGUAAAGCUAGGUUAAUUCAGCUAGCUCAUUUAUUAUAUAUAGCAUUAUAUAUUUAUUAUUAUAGCAUUUAUUAUAAUUGUAAACAACUUAAUUCUGAUUAUUAUACUGAUUUGUAUCGGAAUAACAGUUGCAGUUGGACCCAACAGCACUCACUGGGCUUUAAAUACCAGCUAAGAAGAUCCUCUCCGUGUCCCUCAGCCCCUCCUGAGCCCCUCGCUCCCGGGCUGAAUGCUCCAGGCUUUGCCUCGGCUGAACAGAGCAGUGGGGAGGAUUCGGCGUGUGGGAGCUCACAUCACCAGCAUGGCCCGAAACGGUGGCUCCUCAGCAGCGGAGGACGGAGGCGGCGUCACGGCCGCUAUCCUCAUCAUCGGCGAUGAGAUCCUCAAGGGUCACACCAUGGACACCAACAGUGCCUUCCUGUGCCGAGGCCUGAGGAAGCUGGGCGUGUCCGUGCAGAGGAUCACCGUGGUGCCGGACGUCAGGGAGGUCAUCGCUGAGGAAGUGGCCCGGCUCUCCCCGUCCGUCACCCACCUCAUCACGUCCGGAGGCAUCGGGCCGACGCACGACGACGUGACCUUCGAGAGCGUCGCCAUGGCAUUCGGCGAAGGUCUUCACGCGCACCCGGAGCUGACCGGGCUGAUCCAGAAGUUCUUCGGUACGGUCGACCCAAACAGCUCCACCAUGAAACUGGCCACGGUACCUCUAUCAGCCAAGCUGAACUUUGGGACGGAUCCUCGGACGGGGAAGCCGCUGCGCUACCCGCUGGUCAGCGUCCGCAAUGUCUACAUCUUCCCCGGCAUCCCCUCGCUGAUGGAGCGUGCCUUUGAGAGUCUUUCGCAUCUGUUCGCCACGUCUGGGACCACCUUCCACACGCGGGAGGUCUUUGUGGACGCAGACGAAGCGGCGAUCGCUCCAGUCCUGAGCCGGCUGCAGGCGGACUGGGGGAAGCGAGUGGCUCUGGGCUCGUAUCCGGACUGGCUGAGCAACUACCACCGGGUCCGGCUGGUUCUGGACUCGGACAGCGCCGAGGAGGUGGAGAAAGCUCGCGCUCAGCUGGCGGAGGAGCUGCCCAAGGGGAGCGUGGUCCAGCUCAUCACCGACCCGGUGUCCAUCGCCACCGAGGAGGUCUACUCUCUCGCCAACAGUGGAUCUGCGCUGGGGGAGAAAGUGUCUGCGGCUCUGAGGACGAUCGAGACGGCGCUGGAGCAGUAUCCGGCUAAUGAGAUCUGUGUCGGAUUUAACGGAGGAAAAGACUGCACCGCACUGCUGCAUCUGUACCACGCUGCUCUCAGACGGCGCUACCCUCACAGUAAAGACAAAGUGAAAGCUCUCUACAUCCGAAUCGUCUCCCCCUUCCCAGAAAUGGAACGAUUCCUACAGGACACCAUCCAGAGAUAUGAUCUGGACCUGGUCUCGGUGGAGGGUAGUAUCCGUCAGGCUCUGGCUGAGGUUCAGGAGAGAAGGCCGGAGCUCCGGGCGGUUCUGAUGGGCACCAGACGCACUGACCCGUACUCUCGCAUCCUCACCCCUCUCUGCCCUACAGACCCGGGCUGGCCUGAGUACAUGAGAGUCAACCCAUUACUGGACUGGACGUAUCAUGAUAUCUGGUCGUUCCUGAGGACGCUGUAUGUGCCCUACUGUAUUCUUUAUGACAAAGGCUACACGUCUCUGGGCAGUAUGGACAACACCUUCAGGAACCCUUCUCUCCAAUUGGUGGACGGCAGGGGCGUGAACCGCUACAGACCCGCCUACCAGCUGGAGAAAGGAGAGGAGGAACGCAACUCCCGGGCGUGAAGCUAGAGAAGACUCGAGACACUGACUGAUAAAAGGACUGAUGCCUUUUUUUAUUUUAAACACUGUCGUGAAUUAGUGUGUGUGUGUGUGUGUGUGUGUGUGUGUGUGUGUGUGAGAGAGAGAGAGAGAGAAAUAUGUGAUUUGUAUUAAAUUAUGUUAUUAUUUCUCUGUUUAAAUCAUUUAAAAAAAAUGAAUGAGCUGUAUAAUAACCAAAAUACAGUUAUAAUAAAACCUCUAAAUCCAAA